AUAGCACGAGCGGUUUUCCGGGAUGAAGUAUCGCGCAAGGCCAUGUCCUCAACGUACUCCACUUGCAUGCUUCCCGUGAGGCUUUGCGAUACCCGAGGCCUGGAGCGACAACAAGCGAUGUCGCAUUGAUUGUUGUUCCAUCUUUGGUGUUCCGCAUCUCUCGCAGAUGUUCAUAUCACCAUCUUCUCGAAGUUCAUAUGUUCUACGUGAGAGCCCACAGUAUGCAUAAUCCUACCGCUUAGCAUUAAUAGCUGCUUGGCGCCAGCACGGUACUCAUCCAUAAAAUUCGAAUGCAAUUCGUCCAUCCAGCCCUUCGAUUUGGAACAGAUUGACGCCUUGGUCAACUUCAGAAUGAAGCCAUCGCUGCUACUCGUCUUCGCCGGCCUCAGCUCAGUGGCUUUGGCCAACGUCGGCACACCGAGUAGAGAGAGCCAAGCCCAUGCGACAGGUAGCACACCGGGCGCCGCCCAAGUCAACAUGGCCAUUGACGAGGCGCAUAUAGCACAGGAUCCGAUGAUGAUGGGUGCCAUGUCCUCGAGCAACGGCGACGACUCACCUCGCCACCGACAAGAGAAGGCGCACCUCCUCAAGAGGAUGGAUAAGAAGAGCGGUAAAUGGGGAACGAGCCAUCCGCGAUACCGACUUCUCGAAGCAUUGUGGGCAUAUACCAAUUACCGCGAACGUCACAUGGCUGAGUUGGACCGAUGGCGAAGCUUGUACAAAAGCACUGGAAAGAAGCAGAAGAAGGUGUUGGAGAAGGCGGUUGGCUACACAAAGAAGCUGGACGAAAUCGAAGAACUGAUAUACGUCAACGCGGCUGUCUCGCGGAGCAUCGCUCGUCAUGCGAUGGAGUUCUACAGUAUCGACCAGGCGGAGUUAGAUGAGCACAUAAAGCAGGCCGAGAAGAACCAGCGGCAAGCAGACAAGUUUGCGACGGCGCAAGCAUUGAAGCAUUUCGUACGAGAUUGGGCCGACGAAGGUCUCAAGGAGAGAAGCGAGGCCUUUCCAUGCAUCUUGACCACGUUGCGCGACAUCAAAGCAGAGUCUCCAAAUGGUGCAUCUCUCAAAGUACUGCUGCCAGGCUCUGGAGUCGGCCGGCUAGGCCAUGAUGUUGCGAAUCUUGGAGGGUUUGAGGUGACGAUCAACGAGUGGUCGAUGUUUAUGAACGUUGGUUAUCGCUACAUGGAGGCACAAAGGCAUGCGAAUGCUGUCACCAUACACCCCUUCAUCGAGGCGAUGUCGCACCAUGCCACGAAAUCCGAUAUGACGCGAAGUGUCACAGUGCCCAAUAUGAUUCCCAACCCUGCUGUAUUGCUCGUCGAGGGCGAUUUCAACACCGCCUUCAAUGACCAACCAGGCCACUACGACGUCAUCGUUACUCACUUCUUCAUUGACACGGCCCGCAAUCUCAUGGCUUACUUCGACACCAUUCACCGACUGCUGAAGCCUGGCGGUAGAUGGAUUAACUUUGGCCCACUUCUCUAUGGUACCGGGCCUUUUGUGCAGCUCAGUCUGGAGGAGAUCAUCAAUGUUGUUGGAGAGAUGAACUUCAUAUUUGAGGAUAUAGGUAAUGAGUGCGGUGAAAUGACUUUCGAGCACGAGAAGGUUCGGAGCAAAGAGGCGGAGUACGGCUUCAACAGAAAGGCGCUGACUAGGUAUGCGUACCUUGCGCAAGUAUGGAUGGUGAGAAAGACUUGAGAUUGUUUCAGUCAUGAUCAUUCAUAAUACGAUGCGCGAAGUGGUUUACGGCGCCAUGGUUCGUAGCCGAGUCGACAAUAAUACGCUCUCCCAACCCUGACGGCCACGUGAAUCGAAUGUUAAGCGCGUACAUAUCAAAGAAGCUUUACAUAUGAGAUAUUCCGUUCCAGGUGCUAGGAAUGUUCCUCCAUUAGAAACAAAGGAUUUCCACCAUGUUGCUGGACCUUGUCUGAGUAUUCGGAGGAUACUAGAGCUUUCUUCGCGAUUUAUUUUCCGCAGUUUCAAUUGUAGUAGAGCUAGAAAGAUCUUGCAGCGAACCAGCCUCUACAAAUAGCGUUACAAAUCGCUGAAACUAGCCAUACACACAUGGCCUACUUGUUGGGGUAAUGUGAUCCAAUAUCUGUAACUUAAUUCAUAGCUCGAACUGUUUUUCAGCGAGAGCUACGUUAGCUGUAACUACCAAGAGAUCUUGUCUAG